CGCACUCUGCCGUGUCCACAGUCUCAUGUCCGUGUUUACAAGCGAAGCGUGACGUUCACGGACUCGUAAGAAUACGCCUCCAAGCGCAACUAAAAAGCUACUAAUCUUCUCCAGAAAUGUCCAAAAUGCAGUCUUUGAAAGCUUUUCUCAACGACAGACUGGCGGCAGCGGCGGAGGAGAUUUUUGGAGCUGUUGAAAAGACGAUAGACGAGUACAAAGAGGAGAUUUCUCGCUCCAAAGAUUUAGAAAUCAGUCGUCUCAGGAUGCAGCUGAAGCUUCUCAAGUCAGACCCCCGGGCAGAUAGAUGUCUUGGAGCUCAGCUGCAGCAGCACACCCAUCACCACCACCACCAUCCUCCUCCUCCUCCUCCUCCUCCUCAGCAUCACCAUCAUCAGUCAGUAGCUGCAGUGGAGGCUCCUGAGUCCCAGCACUGUGAGGAGGACAGUAGCAGCAGCAUGGACCAUCAAGAGCCCUCACAGGUGAAGAAGGAACAACAGAGGAGCCACAGGGAUUUCUGGAUGGGUCACAACACAGAGCAGCUGGAGGAUCUCGAGUCAGACAUAAAAGACUUCAUCUCAUCUCCUUCCAGCCUGAAGAGCAGUCUGCAGGACCCCACCUUGCCCUUCCACUCCUAUCACAACAACAACAACAACAACAACAACAUCAGCGGCAACGGCGAGGAGAGCAAAGAGAAGCCCUACAGCUGCUCUGUCUGUGAAAAACGUUUCAGUAAUUGCUCCCACCUUGCAGCUCACAUCAGGACACACACAGGCGAGAGGCCGUACAGAUGUGAAAUAUGCAGGAAGACUUUUAUCACGACGAGCGCUCUGAACAGACACCAGACGAUCCACACUGAGGGGAAACACUUUGUGUGUAAUUAUUGUGGUAAAUCUUUUAAAUGGAUGGAGUCUCUCGGCAGGCACAUGAGAAUUGUGCAUAAGAGGGAGAAUAUGCCUGUAUGAUUCCAGUAGAUCAGAUAUGUUCUCGUAUGUUAGUCAUCUAUGAUUUAUUUAAACACCUAAUAGGUGCGGACAAGGAAUGUAGCGUCUAUGUUUAGUCGUGAAUUAUAUGUUCUGCAUGGACCUCAUUAAGCCUUGUGUAUAUAAACACUAACUGCAGUAAAUGAUGUGCAAAUAAACUGUACGAAUACA